GUGGAGAAAUAUAUAGCUAACAAGACCUAAACACUUAAAUCAUAUAGUUUUUCAUAUUUCGAAAAGGCUUCAGAAUACGAAUCAAAGUUGAUAAGAAAGAAAAAAAAACAAAUUAAAUUGAAAAAUAAAAUAAAAUAAUAAAUCCCUAAAAACUGCGAGCGAGCGAGCGUGUUGUUAUGAAGGAGGAAGAAGAAGAAGAAGAAACAGUGAUAUCGAACGGCAUGAACGACGACGACGAUACUAACAAUAUUAACAGUUGCAGUGGUUUUGAUAACAACCGUGUCGGAGACGGAGACGGAGACGAUAACAGUAAUCUCAAUCAGAUCAGUCAAGUAUGGGGAACGUGGGAUGAGUUGGUGUUAGCAUGCGCCGUUAAGCGUCAUGCUUUUACCGAUUGGGACUCCGUCGCUAAAGAGGUUCAGGCUCGUUCCCGGAGUUCUCUCAUCGUCUCCGCCGUCAAUUGCAGGCUUAAGUAUCAAGAUCUCAAACGUAGGUUCGAAGAUUCCGUCGACGGCGGUGAAAGAAACAGCGACGCGGCGGCGGCAGCGGUGGAGGACGAUGAAGUCGGAGAAAUCUCUUGGCUCGACCAGUUACGGAGUCUUCGUGUUGCAGAGCUCCGGCGAGACGUUCAACGAUGUGACGACUCGAUAUUGUCGCUUCAGUUAAAAGUUAAGAAAUUAGAGGAGGAGAAAGACGGAGAUGAUGGAGACAAUAAACCAGAUCUGGGAAACGACGAAACUAAACCGGAGAAACUUAACCGGGAAACGGCGGAGUCUGACCGUGAUGAAAAUAGGUCGAUGAACGAGUCCAACUCGACAGCCUCCGUCGAUAAAAUCGCCGAUCACGACCGGUUAGACGGGGACAAAAUGGUACCGGCUUAUCCAGAUCCCGAUCCGGUAUACAAGGACGCGGAGGAGGGAGAAAAAACGGUUAGUAAAAGAUCGGAAAUGAGUAACUCGGGGGAGUUGGAUGAAUCGGGAACGUCAACAGGUAAUGGAAAGAGGAAAGAAAAGAAAUACAGAAGCGGCGGAGGUGGCGGUGAUAUCAAAUCGGCGGGCUAUAAAUCACAGCCGUUGAAAGAUAUCAUUAAGCUGAUCCGGUCUCAUCCUCGUGGUUCAGUGUUCGAAUCCCAUCUUCGGAGCCAGGAGACAAAGGAUUACAAGAGGUUGAUAAGGCAGCAUUUGGACAUCAAGACAAUAGAGAAGAAGUUGGAGAAAGGAUCCUAUGUUUCUUCAACUCUCUCUUUCUACAGAGACCUCAAGCUUCUCUUCACAAACGCCAUUGUCUUCUUUCCUCCAUCUUCCUCCGAAUCCAUGGCUGCACAUGAGCUAAGAUCCCUCGUCUCUAACCAAAUAAAGAAACCAACCGGGAUGUUGGGUCACGAUGUCGUCAAAGCAGAGGCUGGGUCGUCGGUUUCUAGACCAAAAUCCUCUGUUCUUCCUCUGGUUGCCUGUAAGAAGAACAGUUCCUCUUCGAAGAAGUCCUCUCCUUCUUCAAGCUCUAAACAAAAAGAUGAUAAAAAGUCUCAGGAAGUUUCAGAGGAGAAGACUGUGACUACAACUACUACUACUACAACAAGUGCAAGAAGCUCGAGGAGAACGAGCAAAGAGGUCGCUGUUGUUGCCAAAGAUACUAAAACGGGAAGAGCUAAGAAUAAUAAUAAGAAACAAAAAAAGGUUACGAAAACAGAGUCAUCGAGUGAUGAUGAUAGUGAGAAAGAAGAGACUCCUAAAACAGAGAAGAAGACAGUAGCGAUAGCAUCGGAUAAGAAGAAGAGUGUGGCUGAUUUCUUGAAGAGAAUAAAGAAGAACUCACCAAAGAAAGGAAAAGAAACAACAAGUAAAGCUCAGAAGAAGAGUGAUGGAAACAGUAAGAAAGAAAGCGAACAUCAGAAGAAGAGUGAUGGAAACAGUAAGAAAGAAAGCGAACAUCAGAAGAAGAGCGAUGGAAAUGCUAAGAAAGAGAACAGUAAAGCGAAACCGAGGGAAUUGAGGAGUAACAGUACGGGUAAAAAGAAGGCUGAAGUAGAGAAUAAUAAUAGUAAGAGUUCAUCGAAACGAAAACAACCGAAAGAAACAGCAGAGCCUACUACAGUGAAACGAGGUAGGGAAUCCGUAAAAGAGAGUAAACAGCCAAAAAAAAGAAGCAGAAGAUGAAAACCGAAUUUGUCUGUGUGGUUAGGUAUUUGUACAUUUGAUGUGCCUCAAGUAUUCAUCAAUCCUCUUUUAAUUAAUUAACAUUAGUGUUUUGGAGGGAAUCAUAGGUCUUGUUAGAUUUUUACCUUUUUUAUUCUCAUAGUUUACCAGUUUAGUUUUUAAUUAACCUGUGGUUUCCUUGUUAGAGGGUUAAA